UGUGUAUAAUUAAGGUAAAUGCCAAUAAGAAAAAUUUCAGAAAGCAAACGAUGAUAUAACAUCUAAAAGCAAAAGAGUUGUUUAUCAGUUUAAACUGUCCGACGAAACGCUUAUAAAUAUAUUACAUUAUCUCUUCAAAGGAUUGCAUUACUCUCUUCUACAAAGUAAGUAUUACUAUUAGCCAUGAAGAUUAUUAUCUCUUGUUUCUUUCUUCUCUUGAUUCUCGUUCCUCUCUUGGCCUCAUCUGUUGAGAAAAAGGUAUAUAUAGUUUACUUCGGGGAACACAAACAUGGGGAGAAGGCAUUCCAUGAGAUUGAGAAAACCCACCUCUCAUAUUUGCAUUCCGUGAAAGAAUCGGAAGAAGAUGCUACCUCUUCCCUUCUUUAUAGCUACAAGCACAGCAUCAAUGGCUUUGCUGCAAGGCUUACCCCAGAUGAAGCCUCCAAGCUCUCUGGAAUGGAAGAGGUUGUAUCAGUGUUUCCUUCACAUGGAAAGUACUCAGUGCAGACAACAAGGUCAUGGAAAUUUGUAGGAUUGGAUGAGGGAGAGGACCAUUCAUGGAAUAAGUUUAAGAUGGGAGGAGAGGACUUGUUGUCAAAAGCUAAAUACGGCAAAAACGUCAUCAUUGGAGUAAUGGACAGCGGCGUGUGGCCGGAAUCACCGAGCUUCAGUGACGAAGGAAUGGAUCCCACCCCAAAAUCAUGGAAAGGAAUCUGCCAAGAAGGGGUCGGUUUUAACUCAUCUCACUGCAAUAAGAAGAUAAUCGGAGCCCGAUACUAUGUCAAGGGCUUUGAGAGCGCACACGGUCCAGUAAAUGCGACUGAAGACUACCUCUCACCACGAGACAUGGACGGCCAUGGAACCCACACGGCGUCCACAGCGGCUGGCCGACAAGUCUCCAAUGUUGCUGCCCUCGGGGGGUUCGCAAGAGGCACGGCCUCUGGAGGGGCUCCUUUGGCCCGCCUUGCCAUAUACAAGGCCUGCUGGGCGAUCCCUAACCAACCAAAAGCCAAUGGUAACACCUGUUUCGCGGAGGAUAUGCUAGCUGCCAUGGAUGACGCCAUAGCUGAUGGUGUUGAUAUACUUAGCGUCUCCAUUGGAACUGCUGAACCUUUACCUUUUGAAGACGAUACCAUUGGUCUUGGUGCAUUACAUGCUGCAAAGCGCAACAUCCUCGUGGUAUGUAGUGCGGGGAACAACGGUCCUGCCCCUGGAACAUUGUCUAACGCGGCGCCUUGGGUAAUAACGGUUGGUGCUAGCAGCCUCGACCGAACAUUUUUCGCUCCUCUUAUACUAGGGAAUGGCUUGAAAAUUAUUGGACAAAGUGUUACACCAUACAAAAUAAAGGAGCAGAUGUACCCUUUAGUUUACGCUGGAGAUGUAGUUGUCCCUGGUGUGCCUCAGAACGUUACAGGGCAAUGCCUUCCAGGUUCCCUUGACCCUGAUAAGGUGAAAGGGAAGAUUGUGGUAUGCUUGAGAGGGGCUGGACUGAGAGUAGGUAAGGGAAUCGAAGUGAAAAGAGCCGGUGGUGUUGGUUUUAUCUUAGCCAACUCCGAGGCCAAUGGAAAUGAUGUAUUAUGUGACUCUCAUUUGCUUCCAGCAAAUGCUGUUACUUAUGAUGAUAGGACUAAGAUUCUUGACUACAUCAACUCUACAAAGAAUCCGAUGGCAAUGAUCAGACCAGCCAGGACAGAAUUGCACUAUAAGCCAGCACCCUUCAUGGCUGGAUUCACCAGUCGGGGUCCAAAUGUGGUUGAUCCCAAUGUUCUCAAGCCUGAUAUCACGGCUCCAGGACUUAAUAUUUUAGCAGCAUGGAGUGAAGCAUCAUCUCCCUCAAAGAUUCCAGAUGAUCACAGAUCAGUGAAAUAUAACCUUUACUCAGGAACUUCCAUGUCUUGCCCUCAUGUGUCUGGUGCAGCUGCACUUCUCAGAGCCAUACACCCCGAUUGGAGCAUUGCUGCUAUCAAAUCUGCUCUCAUGACCACAACUGGGAUAACAAACAACAUAGGUAGGCCAAUUACAGAUUCACUUGGCAAUAUUGCAACUCCCUUCCAAUUUGGAUCCGGCCAUUUCCGGCCUGUUAAGGCAGCAGAUCCUGGUCUCAUCUAUGAUGCCUCGUACGAUGACUACUUGCUCUAUCUCUGCUACGCUGGCCCGAAGGCCCUAAAGGAAAUUAAGUCAGCAUUUAAGUGCCCAGAUGAGCCACCUUCAUCAGUCAACCUCAACUAUCCAUCGUUUGCAAUUCCCAACCUUAAUACCACUGUCGCUAUUACGAGGACAGUCACAAAUGUUGGUAGACGCAAAAGUAGAUACUUCUUUACUGCGAAACCACCAGCAGGUGUCCGUGUUAAGGCCUCACCAAGUAUUUUGCACUUCAACCGCGUAGGCCAGAAGCAGAGCUUCACCAUUACAGUAUCCCCAAGAAAUGAUCCCACGGCAAGAAAGUCUGAAUAUGGGUUUGGUUGGUACACUUGGGCUGAUGGAUACUAUCAUGUAAGAAGUCCCAUGGCAGUUUAUUUACCAUAAUUAUAGGUUUUUCGUGCUUCCCUUUCUUUUUUUUUUACUAUAUUAUUCUGGUCAUUGAAUGAUUACAAUGGCUAUUGGACAAUGAAUUAGUAUACCCUGUUUUCACGUAGUUUAGAUUUUUUAUAUUAUGAAUUGUAUAAAAUUACUAAUUUCUUUCCAUAAAUUACCCCAUUUCCUAUGUUACAGUUAUUUUUAAUUUUUGGAUUAUUGUUAUUUUUUUUGUACAUGCAUGAUGCAACAUUCUAAAGAACAGAAAAAAUUAUGGCCCAUACCAAUGAACUAUCAGAAUCCUCAAACACAUAAUAAACAUAAUAAAGCCAAACAAUUAUUUACUGCAAUUCAAAAUUAUUAAAUCACCAUGGCCAGUUCCAUCGUCAACCACUACCUCGUUGCUAUU